AAUUAGUUGUUGACCCCUCUGAGUUUAGACAUUUUUGCUUUUGUUUACAAUUAAAAAUUGAUUUGAGAAACGACAUGUCAGUUUAUCAACAGUUAUAUUCAAAGGAUUUCAAAGUAAAGGAUGAACCCUUUGAAGAGUUCUAUAUUCAAGAAGCUGUCUUUGAAACAGAUGUCACCGAGGGAAAUGAAUUGGAAAAAUGUUGUCUUUGCCCAAUCGGCCUAAAUUAUCAGAAACUUCUGCUUGACCAUAUUGUUAAUAAUCAUAAUAGUCAAACUAACAUAUCCUGCUGUGUCUGUCCUGAAGGAAUUGAACUUCAAACAAAUUUGAUAAAUCAUUUAUUGUUUCAUUUUACUCUCAAAAUAGAAAACGAAGAAACAAUUGAGAAUAUUCAAUCGCAAGAAAAAUGCAGUACAGAAGUUGAUGACACUAAUUUCGUGUCGUAUUUCAAAAAUUCAAAAGAUUUAGUAAAUCUUGAAACAUUAUCAAAUAAACUUCCAAGUUUAAGUGACAAUAAGAAGAAACAGCACUUCAAUUGUGAACAUUGUGACAAGUCAUUUCUAAGCAAACAGAACUUACAAAAGCAUUGUAGGAAUGAACAUGAUCCUGAAAUUUGUAAUCGUAAUAAACGUAAACCUUCUGAUUCACCAAAAAUUAAAUGCAAAAUUUGUCCAAAGCAGUUCAAAUACAAGCAAGGAGCUCAAAAACAUUGGGAUCUUGAACAUAAUCCUCUAAAUUCCUAUGAAUGUCCACGAGAAUCUUGCACCAGUCGCUGUAAAACAUUAAAAAAUCUUCAUGCACAUAUCCGAACCCACGAUCCACCGCGUUCUUCAGUCGAUGUUGACAAUUUACAAUGCCAUAAAUGUUUGAAAACAUUUGACACACAAAAGCAACUCACUUUACAUUUCUACACUCAUCGUGAAAAGUUCUUUUGUUGUGAUAUGUGCGGAUCAAAAUUUAACAAUCGAGAACAGAUAAAAAAUCACGUACUCAGACAUGUCGGACUUUUCAGAAAAAUAAUUUCUCAACAGAGAAUUAUUUGUGAUCAGUGUUCAAUGAUGGUUUUCUCACAUAAAAUGAAGCGACAUAAAUUAAUUCAUCAUUCUGAUGAAAGGCCUUUCAAAUGUGACAUGGAAGGAUGCAAUGCAGCUUUUUCUGACAGCAGAGUUUUACGUGAUCACAGAAACAUUCAUCUUGAGUUGAAACCUUACAAAUGUGAAUUUUGUACGGAAGCCUUCAGAUCAGGAGCUAAUUUGAGAUUACAUCGAGUUCGUCACACAGAUCCAGAUCGGUAUCGUUGUGAAGAAUGCCAAGCGAGUUUCGUAACGAAACAAGCACUACAAAAACAUAAUCGACUUCACACAGAAGACCCCGAAGUGAGACCAUUUGCUUGUGAUUAUCCUGGAUGCAGCAGCACUUUUAAGCAAAAAGAUCACAUCAGAAAUCAUUAUCGUCGAACGCAUGAAAAGUCAGAUGAAAUCUUCGUAUGUAGUUUUUGUUCCAAGAAUUAUGAUGGAAAAGACGCCUUAGGAAAGCAUUUGAGGAAAGCUCACAAAGUUACCAAACGAAGAUCGAGAGUUUUUCCUUUAAAUUCGUAACUGAAAUUCUUUUCAGUCAUCAAAAUAAAAAAAUUAUAAAAUUUUGCAGAUUUGAAAUCAAUCAAAUUUUUUUUCUUUGAAAACUGAAAGUGACUAAAUUUUAAUUUAAAUACAAAUUGCUUUUCAAACA